AUGCACCGACUUAGGCAACAGCGACUCUAUGAAAGAACCUACUCAAAAGCCUCAGUUACUGAAUCUAAUCAUCACCUGCCCGUCGAGCUGGAUCAGGCCAUGGUAUCUCAUCCACAUCACGUGCAAGAUGGGAAGGAAAAUCUGCACAGUGAUUUGCAACAUAAUGCACUAUUGAAGGAAAAACGGCACGCUAUUGCAGAAAUGGCAUCUGAUAUCAAUCAGAAGGAAAUGCAGAGAUACGCCGUCAUUCAGAAGAUUGAGAAGCUUAAAGAAGAUCAAACAAGGAGAAAAGAGUUAAUCGAGUCUCAGUAUAAAGCAAACAAGGACAGACUGAAGAACCUGCAAAAAGCCAGAAUUGUCUUUCAGGAGAAUUUAUGAAUGGAAAUACAAACGAUCCUCGGCAUGGCACAGAAUGUCAACAGUGAAAAGUUGCAGUUUGUGUAUUGGAAUAUCAACCCCACUGAUCUGAACAGUGCCUAUGUUAUCACAAUGGGAAUCAAGGAGGACAGAGCAUAUCAAAUUGUGUCGAGCGACCCUGCGCUUGAGUGUCUGCCAGAUUUGGAAAGACGCCUUCAGGAGACUAACAACUUACCAGCUUUCCUGGCCAAUGUAAGGAAGCAGUUUAUCUCCUGA